UGUUGGCGGGACGGAGCUGUUCCUGCAUUUUCCGGAGCGAGUCAGCUGAGUUCGAACUCCAGUGCCCCCCGGCGGGCCGCGGCCUUUGAAAAUGCGCGCGCCCUAAACGCUGCGGCGGUUACACUGUUGGCGGGAGGGAGCUGAGCCUGCACCUUCCAGACUAGGUGUCCAGACCGCUUUGAGCCAGCUCAUCACUUUCACCUUUUUACCCGAGCAAGCGAGCGUGGACCUAACGUGAUUGCUAUAAUGGAAGGAAUUAAUAAUUUCAAGACGCCAAACAAAUCUGAAAAAAGGAAAUCUGUAUUAUGUUCUACUCCAUGUGUAAAUAUCCCUGCCUCUCCAUUUAUGCAGAAGCUUGGCUUUGGGACUGGGGUCAGCGUUUACCUAAUGAAAAGAUCUCCGAGAGGGUUGUCUCAUUCUCCUUGGGCCGUGAAAAAGAUAAGUCUUUUAUGUGAUGAUCAUUAUCGAACUGUGUAUCAGAAGAGACUAACUGAUGAAGCUAAGAUUUUAAAAAACCUUAAUCACCCAAACAUUAUAGGAUAUCGUGCUUUUACUGAAGCCAGUGAUGGUAGUCUGUGCCUUGCUAUGGAGUAUGGAGGUGAAAAGUCUCUGAAUGACUUAAUAGAAGAGCGGAACAAAGACAGUGGAAGUCCUUUUCCAGCAGCUGUAAUUCUCAGAGUUGCUUUGCACAUGGCCAGAGGGCUAAAGUAUCUGCACCAAGAAAAGAAGCUGCUUCAUGGAGACAUAAAGUCUUCAAAUGUUGUAAUUAAAGGUGAUUUUGAAACAAUUAAAAUCUGUGAUGUCGGAGUCUCUCUGCCAUUGGAUGAAAAUAUGACUGUGACUGAUCCUGAGGCCUGUUAUAUUGGUACUGAGCCGUGGAAACCCAAGGAAGCGUUGGAAGAAAAUGGCAUCAUUACUGACAAGGCAGAUGUGUUUGCUUUUGGCCUUACUCUGUGGGAAAUGAUGACUUUAUGUAUUCCACACGUCAAUCUUCCAGAUGAUGAUGUUGAUGAAGAUGCAACCUUUGAUGAGAGUGACUUCGAUGAUGAAGCAUAUUAUGCAGCUCUGGGGACAAGGCCAUUCAUCAACAUGGAAGAACUGGAUGACUCCUACCAGAAGGUCAUCGAACUCUUCUGUGUGUGUACUAAUGAGGAUCCUAAAGAUCGCCCGUCUGCUGCACACAUCGUUGAAGCUUUGGAACUAGAUGGCCAAUGUUGUGGUCUAAGCUCAAAGCAUUAACUUGUAUGGGGACUGUUAACUAGAUAUAUUUAUGUAGUUAAUAUAACUUAUAGUAGCUAGAUUCUAGAAGUAGCUUAAACACUAGUGACCCCUGUCUAAGAUGACUUAAGAAUCAAGGGACCAUUGCUUUGUGACAGAUCUUUUUAGAUAUUCUUGCUUCUUUAAUGGGUUACUACAGUUAUCUGUCUGCUCAUAGUGUCCAUCCUUCAGCUGGCCUGUCAGCCCAUGUGCCCUGGAACUUAAGAGUUCGUAAAUGUAGCUCCUAGGGUGUCUUGCCUCUCCACAUUUAGCAUCUAAUUUAUUACUUUGUUUCUACUGAUUGUGUCUUAAGUCUUUUAAAAUAAAUGUAAUAAACAAUAAGACAGUUUUAGUACCAGGCACCUCAGCAUUAUCUGUUUUUGAUGUGUUGACCAUUGGAUUUGUUGAGUUUCUUAUAUAUAAUGUGAGGUUAAGUUGUGUCAGUUGUUUGAGUCACAGCUCCUUGCAAUUACCAGAACUAAAAUGGUGAAUCCAAGUGGUGUAGUCUGACUUGGCAACAAAUAGGAAACAUUAUCCUCUAGAAUUUCCUGGUAGGUUCCUCAUAGGAGUAUACCAAACAACAGAUCACUAAUUAGCAUAUUGUCCAUUAAAAACCAAAUUGAAAGUUUGCUUAUGGAAUGAUUGUGUAAGUGUGCACACUGAGACUCAGUAGUCUUAUCUCCCCCUUCGCUGAUGUCAUUUUAAAUAGGUUUGCCCAAGUGACAGGUCCUACUUACUGGCCAUAAAGCAUGAAUUGACUCAAACAUACGAACUGACAGGGUUUCUUUGUGUUCCCCUGGCUGUCCUUGGAACUCAC